GGGCGGACGGGGCGCGUGCUGACGUGGCGGCGGCACCAUGCAGGGCGGCGGCGGCGGCUCGGACACCAAGCCUGGACAUAACAGACAACAGAAGGUCAAGAGGUCUCUGGGAAACAAAAAGUCUAAACAAUUUGAGGAGGUGGAAACUACUGUCCUAGGACUGAGCAGUAACUAUGAUGAGACAGUCAGCAACAUUUCUUCUGCCUCACCGAAGGGUCAAGUGAAUGGAAGUGCAGAGUCCAGAAGCAAGCGGACCAUUCGCAGGCCUGCUUACUGGUUGGAAAUGAGAGGAAUAAAAAACAGCAUUAACAAAUCUUCAGAAAAAAAAGCAGGGGAAGUACCAUUGAAAGGCAAGAGGAAAUCUGAGCAAGGGGAAGGCGAAAAUCUUAAAGACUCUCCCAAGAAGAAGCAGAAGAUUUCGGGUCAUGGUGACUGGGAGAGGUUUCUGAAGACUGGAAGAGAGCAAAUAUCACUCCUAUCUUCAAGGACGGAAGGAAGAUCUGGGGAACUACAGGCUGGUCAGCCUCACCUCAGUUCCUGGGAAGGUGGUGGAGAGAAUCCUCCUGGAAAGCAUUUUCAAACACAUGAAGGACAAGAUGGGAAAAAACAGCAAGCUGGAACACAACAAAACUCCAAAGUGAAAGGCCACUGUGUUCAGAAAGAACCGGAAGCCUAUGGCACAGGUAGUAUGGAAGAGCGAUGGUCUUUGGAAAUUCAGGACAAAGGCCGAGUUACCUGUCCAACAUGCCGGGCUGUGGUGAGAAAGACUGUAGAAGGACUGAAGAAACAUAUGGUAAAUUGCAGGCAGGAAGUGUUCACAUGUCAUCACUGUGGGAAGCAGCUGAAGUCUUUAGGAGGGAUGAAAUACCAUGUCAUGGCAGACCAUAACAAUCAGCCAGUUGUGAAGGAGGGAGGAGAAUUGGAUGAGCAGCUUGAGCGAGACCGCCUUCGGAAGGUUUUGAAGCGUAUGGGAAAACUAAAGUGUAUGAGGGAGGGCUGCACAGGCAGCUUCACUAGCAUAAUGGGAUACCUAUAUCAUGUUAAAAAAUGUGGGAAGGCUGCUUCAGAGCUGGAGAAAAUGGCUAUGAAGUGCCAUCACUGUGGAAAAGCAUACAAAUCGAAGGCAGGACUUGUCUACCAUCUCCGAUCUAAGCAUGGGCCGGUCACUCUCCUCCAUGAGGAGAGAAGAACAGAGAGCCUGAAGGAAAUAAAACAGGAGCCAAACAACACAGGCAGAGUUCAGAGGAGAUCUGCAAAGGUGGCAAUCUACUAUCUCCAUGAGCUAGCUGGAGAAGAGCUGGCCAAAGAGUGGCCUAAGAGAAAAGUUCUGCAGGACUUGAUUCCAGAUGACCGGAAGCUGAAAUAUACUCGUCCUGGACUGCCCACGUUUAGUCAAGACGUACUGUGCAAAUGGAAAACGGAGAUAAAGAUGUACCGAAGAGUCCACUGCCCAAAUCAGGGUUGUGAAUCUGUAUAUGGCAGUGUCUCAGGACUCAAAUCUCACCUCGGCACAUGUACCUUGGGAGACUUUGUGGCUGGCAAAUACAAGUGUCUCCUGUGUGAGAAGGAGUUCAUUUCAGAGAGUGGGGUCAAGUAUCACAUCAACUCUGUGCAUGCUGAGGACUGGUUUGACGUGAACACAACUACCACCAAAAGCUUUGAGAAGCUAAUGAAAAUCCGCCAAAGAGAAGAGCAGAGGAAGCAACGGAAGAAACGUCCUUUGACCCGGGGCAAAAAGAAGAGAACUGGGACCCUGGCUGCCAAGAGGGUCCCCAGUGCUGGAGUUGAAAAAAUGAGGAGAAGUAAGAGAGGUCAUCCACAGCGGGUGGACAAUGAGAGCAUGAGUAGUGAGGAGGGGGAGCCCCAAGUUGCACAAAGAGCCGAACUUCCAAAAACCAGCCACAAGUGAGGCCAGAAGUAAAUUCCUAGAAGAGGAGAAGGAGUAAUCCUAAAGCCUUUCAGUUACAAGCCCCACUCCCGUCAGGCUCAUAACCCACAGCACUAAUAUAAGCAACUGAACGUCUUUGGGCCUGUGACUCCAUUCUGCUCGGUGACCUUGAUUUUGAAACUGUUGCCUCUGGUCAGUUGUGAGAGACUUCAAACCAAAGCUGUGGUACAGAGGCUGCCUCUCCUGGUGUAGUUCCCUUGGACAGUGGCACUAGCAGUGUACCCAGUGUAGUUCCUGCUCUGGUUACAGUCUCAGUUUGGAUCACAUUAGUUGCUUGUUUAGUGGUUUCCAGUACAGCAGCUGUCUGUUUCGUCAUCUUCCUCUGAUGGGUGUGUGA